AUCAAAGAAGAAAAUGUUGGUAUCAAGGAAGAUAUUAUUGAAGAUCAGUUUCCAAACUUUUGGGCCAUGGGUGAAAAUGAACCGGAACAACUUAUUUAUAUGCAGCCUGAUAAUCAUUCCAGAAAACGUCGAAAAGAUCCAAAGGGGCAUUAUGAGUGCGAUAGAUGUAGACGAACUUACAUGCAUAAGAAAAGUUUUCAGCGACAUAAAAGUUACGAGUGUGACCAAGCGCCUCGUUUUGAUUGCAAUUUUUGCGACUACAAAUCUAAAAGGAGACACGAUUUGUCUAAACAUAUGAAUACUUGUCGUUUUAGACCGAAUACAUUCGAUGGAUAAUAAAAAAAGGACAUUUGCGAUCAAUGUUA